AUGUAUCGAUUUUGUCGGGAUGUCUCUGGCAGGGGUCCCACAAAGUCUGUCCCGACGGGUUUUUCGGGUACGGUGCCAGCUUUGGAUGCAGCGGUGCUUUAUUGUGGACUUGGGGUGCCUUGGUACGAAUACACUCGCUACAUCGAUCGCAGAAAUUCUCCAAGUCCCGCCGUUGACACCGGAACAACAUCGGCCUCGAGUUUGUCUUCCUUCAAUAUGGGUAAAGGAUAUAAUAAUUAUAUGUGCAAAAAGUUUUUCCAUCCAACCAAUUUUGAAAACAUCAAGCGGAAAUGGAUGGCUGAGCAGGCCAACGAAUAUGACACUAAACGUGAGGCAGAAAAACUGGAUCAAUACAGGCGCGAACAAGAAACGUUAGAAAAUCGAGUACUGCUUGGUGACGAGAAAGCUCGCUUGGGCUUGGCAUGGAUGUACGAUCAGCCUGCCAUGAUGGAAAAACCGGAGCGCGACGACAAAGAAGUCAGGUUUGAAUGGCAACGCAAGUAUAGCGCACCUCGAGAGAGCUACUGCAAAAAUUCGUCAGACAUUGUAGAUCAGCCUUUCGCCAUCGAGGUACGUAAUGUGCGUUGUAUGCGUUGUCGUCAGUGGGGUCAUCUAAACACGGAUCGGGUCUGUCCGUUGUAUGGUCAGUCGUUCACACAGGAACCAACAGGUACAGAAGUACCCACAGUGGACCACGUUCGCGCCGGGCUUCAGAAGGAGGGUUUAACUUUGAAGCGCGGAACUGAAUUAGAACGUUAUAGUCAUAUACUGCAAAAAGCAAAACAAACACUGAGUGGUGCAUCGGAAGAGAGCACCAGAGAUGAAGACUCACUGGCCAUGGAAUUCUUGCGCAACCUAUCGGAGAAGCAGCGCGAAAAGCUAUUAAAGAAGCUAUCAAGCUCAUCCAGCUUGGGGGAGCACAAAAAACACAAGAAAUCACACAAGCACUCGAAGCAUUCAAAGCAUUCCAGAAAGCAUUAA